AACCAGCCCCUCCAAAAUCACUGUUUGCUGUCAACAAGACUCAGACCUCCGUGACUCUGCUGUGGGUGGAAGAAGGAGUGGCUGAUUUCUUUGAAGUCUACUGCCAGCAGGCUGGAUCUAGUCAGGAAACAAAAGUCCAGGAACCUGUCACUGUCUUUUCACACGUAGUGACCGUUUCCAGCCUAACCCCUGCCACUUCCUACAACUGCAGUGUGACCACCUUCAGCCACAACAGCCCCAGCAUCCCCGCUUUCAUUGCAGUUUCCACCAUGGUCACUGAGAUGAAUCCCAACAUAGUGGUAAUCUCUGUAUUAGCCAUCCUAAGUAUCCUUCUGAUUGGACUGCUGCUGGUGACUCUUGUUGUACUCAGGAGAAAACAUCUACAAAUGGCCAGGGAAUGCGGGGCUGGAACCUUUGUCAAUUUUGCAUCAUUAGAGAGAGAUGGAAAGCUUCCCUAUAACUGGCGUAGAAGUGUAUUUGCUUUCCUAACUCUGCUACCCUCAUGCCUUUGGACUGAUUAUCUUUUGGCAUUUUAUAUUAAUCCUUGGAGUAAAAAUGGAUUAAAGAAGAGAAAGCUGACCAACCCUGUCCAGUUGGAUGAUUUUGAUGGCUACAUCAAGGAUAUGGCCAAAGAUUCAGAUUAUAAAUUUUCUCUGCAAUUUGAGGAGCUAAAACUGAUUGGGCUUGACAUACCCCAUUUUGCUGCUGAUCUUCCCAUGAAUCGCUGUAAAAAUCGCUACACAAAUAUCCUGCCAUAUGAUUUUAGUCGUGUACGGUUAGUUUCAAUGAAUGAAGAAGAGGGAUCUGACUACAUUAAUGCCAACUACAUUCCU